ACUACCUCUUGUCUCUUUAUCACCAACGAUCAACACGAAGCGGGCACUCUCUCCAGACCCCAUAUCUACUUGCGAGUCUAAUUGUCUUGAAAAAGUAGAAAAACUUGCUUCGAAUGGCUAACUCGCUGUGUUUAUCACCUAUUUGUUCCUUUCAACCCCUAAACAAGCCAGGUACGGUUACUGGGUUUUCAAUUGAGAGAAAGAGUCUUCAAGUAAAUGAGUUGUCUAAGCACUCUAGAACUACAAAGUUUCAGACUUUGGAGGUUAAGGCUACAAAUAGUAAUCAAACUUCCAAGCCAAAUAGCAUAGUUUGCGCAGAUUGUGAUGGAAAUGGUGCUGUGCUAUGUUCUCAGUGCAAAGGUAAUGGAGUAAAUUCAGUCGACCACUUCAAUGGACAGUUUAAAGCUGGUGGACUGUGUUGGCUUUGCAGAGGUAAGAAGGACAUUCUGUGUGGAAAUUGUAAUGGAGCUGGCUUUGUUGGUGGAUUCAUGAGCACUCACGAUGAUUGACAUUUUUAAGAACAGGAUCUUCGAAGACAUGUUUUACGUCAUGUUUUGCAUGCUCUCUCAUCUAAAUUGAGGUGCAUCUCUUUGUUUUUGCAACAAAUGAUAUUUGUUAAAAAUUUUAGAAGAACUUUAUGAAAAGCUACUAUUGUGGUUAUCCUUGUGUGUUUCUAGUUUCUACUUUCUAGGAGCAGCUAGGGGUAUGCUUUCUGAAGUUGGCUUUUGAAUAUUGUCUAGUUUAACUUUCUAUAUUUUCUCACAUUUCUUAUCAAAAGAACAAAUCUUUCUA